AUGGACUUCUUGACUGCUAGAAAUAGGUCUGACAAGGAAAAGGAAAUCAAAGAGGCCAAAAAGUCCUCAAACAAUGACUCCAGCAGCGAUGAACGGUCUACCAAUCCUGCGAUGAGCAGGUACGGCAUCGGGGCAAAGUUAAUGUCAAAAAUGGGGUACCAGCAGGGCACAGGACUGGGGAAGAAUAACGAGGGUAUAACUACACCGAUUGAGGUGAAGGAAAGGCCUCAGGGAGUCGGUUUGGGUAUGCCUGGUUCGAUGAGUGCGAGAAGAAGUCUCGAUGAUUAUUCUGACGCAGAGAGCUCUGGUGACGAGUUAAUAAUGAGUGGGACUACGGCAGCUUCAAAAGGAGUUCAAUUCACUUCUGGCAGAGACCAAGAAACUACACUUGAUAGACUAGAUCAAUUACGGGCAAUUGGACAUGUGGAGCUUGCCGACCAGCUUGAAGUAAAUGCAGGCUCUUUUGCUAAAAAAAAUGAGGUCGGAAGAAUUGUAAAAAAACUCGCAGAAGUUAGUGACCGACUUGAAAAGAUUCAGCUUCAGAUUUCGGCUCUCGACCUGGAAAUACAAACAUGUUCUGAGGAAGAACAAGAACUUAUUGGCAUGCACAGAGUUCUCGACGACGAGUCCCAGGCCAUAACAAAUAAAAUCGAUUCGGCAUUAGCGCUAGAAAACCCUGAGCUUGUGGACACAUCUGUAGCCUUUUUGCUGGACGAAUAUUUCAAAAAAAAUCCUUGGGACUUGCUCGAUUUUGAUAAUGAGCAUUUAGUGGUCUGCAACCAAAUUAUAGAUAUGCUUUCUUAUAGCAUGGAGACUGCGUCCAGAAAGUUGAAUAAAACUCAAACUGUUGUCUACAAGAGGGUUUUCCCAGCGCUUCGACCGCUUUGGGAAAAAUUCCAGCCAACGACAGAACAGGUCAAGAUAAUUCUGCAGCUUCUUCUUCACUAUGAAAAGAUACUAGAAUUUACAAAUUGUACUUCUUUUGUUUUGGAAACUUAUAUCAUACCAGGUUUGGACCACGCAAUAAGUCUCUGGACUGUUUGCGAAGACACGGCGAGCCCGCCUAGCGCGUGGUAUCUCGACUUCAGUGUUUUUCUCCCGCAAAAUGCCUGCAAGGCUCUUGAAAGCCAUAUAACCACGAGGUUUGUCAGCUACUGUGAAAACUGGUAUCACAGAGAGAGCCCCGUAAGAGCUUACGAUAUUCGAUUUUUGAAAGAAGCUUUAUCAUCAUCGGUUUACAAUGCAAUUGUUGCAGAGAAAUUCUUGCCAAAUUUUGUGGAACAGGUAUGGAAUCGGUAUUUUGACCCUCUUCUAAGUAUAGAAGAUCCAUCUGACGAGUCCUUAUUGUAUUUCAUGUCAAAGUUCAAUGAUUGUAAGGCUCUUCUGUCUGAAGAUCAUUUGAACGGUUUUGCCAAGGCGAUUUUCAAUGAGAUAAAUUGUCUUCUCUACCAAUGGUUCUGCUUUUCUCGAGCCUCAUUCAAAAAAGAGGCCAAAUCCUGGUUUUCUAACUUCAUAAACCAGUUUUAUGUUGACGCAACUUCUAUCGAGUUUUCCGAAAUCGAAAGAAGUCUCCACUUCUUAGAAUCACCCUCUGAAAGUCCUAUCCAUGACGAAUCACAAACCAUUGAGGAGAUUUUGGGUCUCGGGAAUGAAGAAACUGGGGAAUAUAACUUCAAGUCUAUUCCAUUGUCGAAAUUAACAGUCACUUUCAGAGAAGUUGUUCAAGAUUACUGCGACGAGCAUGGCCUUAUUUUACGCAAAUGCCAAAACAAAACCACAAAGCUGUCGCUUAACGGCAAAAGGAUGGUAGCAGUUCCAGUAUUCGAGUUGCUAUCGGACAAAUCCGCACUCACUGUUGCCAUCCAUGAAGACAUACUUUGGCUAAUGGAUGCGCAAGGAGGCUGCAGGCCAGCCUUCUUAUGGCAAAUAGGUGAUAUUAUGGCUUGA